AUGUCUGACAAGUUAUUUAGACUUCAAUGUGGGUAUCAAAACUAUGAUUGGGGCAAAAUCGGGUCAUCUUCAGCCGUGGCACAGUUUGUCAAGAAAUCUGAUCCUUCAAUCACCAUUGAUGAAUCGAAACCGUAUGCUGAGUUGUGGAUGGGAACUCAUCCUUCAGUUCCAUCUCAAGCUAUUGGGUUUAAUGAAACUUUACGUGACUUGAUUACGGCCCACCCUCAAGAGCUUUUAGGAGAAUCAAUUAUCAAGAAGUUUGGUUCAUCAAAGGAAUUACCAUUCUUAUUUAAAGUAUUAAGUAUUGAAAAAGUAUUGUCUAUUCAAGCCCAUCCAGAUAAAGCAUUGGGUGCCCAAUUACAUAGUCAAGAUCCAAAGAAUUAUCCCGAUGAUAACCAUAAACCAGAGAUGGCUAUUGCUGUUACUGAUUUUGAAGGUUUUUGUGGCUUUAAACCAGUUGAUCAAUUAGCAUACACUUUGGAGACCAUCCCUGAAUUGAAACAGAUCAUUGGGAAUGAGUUGGUUAACGAAUUUGUUACCGGAAUCAAGCCAACUGCUGAAAUUGGUACACAAGAUGACAAGAAAAAUCGCUCCUUGAUUCAAAAGAUUUUCAGCAAGUUGAUGAAUACAGAGGAGUCGGAAAUCACCAAACAUGCUUCGUCUUUGGUUCAAUCGAGUCAACUGAAUCCUGAUUUAUUUACCAAGAUUGAUCCAAGAUUACCUGAAUUGAUUCAAAGAUUGAACAAGCAAUUCCCUAACGAUAUUGGGUUAUUUUGUGGUUGUCUCUUAUUGAAUCACGUUGCUUUGAACAAAGGUGAAGCCAUGUUUUUGCAAGCUAAAGACCCCCAUGCUUAUAUUAGUGGAGACAUCAUUGAAUGUAUGGCUGCUUCUGAUAAUGUUGUGCGUGCUGGAUUCACUCCCAAAUUUAAAGAUGUCAAGAAUUUGGUUGACAUGUUGACUUAUGCUAGUGAACCCGUAGAGAAGCAAAAGAUGCAACCAAAACAAUUCCCCAGAUCCACUGGUGAUGCUAUUGCUGUAAAUUUAUUUGAUCCGCCAAUCGAAGAGUUUUCCGUCUUACAAACUGUCUUUGAUAAAAAGGGUGGAAAACAAAGUUACAAGUCAAUUGAAGGUCCGUCUAUUAUAAUUGCCACUAAUGGAUCUGGACAAAUCAAGAUUGCUGGUAGUCCGGAUUCAGAAAAGGUUGAUACUGGUUACGUGUUUUUCGUGGCACCCAAUACAGAGGUUGAAUUGGUUGCAAAUGACGGCGAGGAACAAUUUACCACCUACAGAGCAUUUGUUGAGGCAUAA